CGAUGUCAGAGUGGGUGGCGCAAAUACAACAACCACUGCUACAAGCGGAUGACAGACAAGGCCAGCUGGUCUACAGCGAGCUCACGAUGUAAACAACAGGGCGCAAUUCUUGCCUCUGUCAACAACCAUGGAGAGAACAACUUCAUCGGGAGUCUCAUCUCGAAUGCACGUGAUAGAAGGCUAGUUCCGUCCUACUGGCUGGGUCUGACUAAAGAAUCUGGAUGGUGGAAGUGGACGGAUGGGUCACGUGUUGUCUACACCAACUGGGCUGAGGGUGAGCCGAGUAACAGCAUGCUUUGGUCGCUUGGGCAGGGAGAGAAUUGUGGCUCCAUGUAUACCAAGACCGGCAAAAAUAUAGGUUGGGAUCCAACGAGGCACACAGGACAGUGGAACGACAACAAAUGCAGCUCUAGGUUCCCCUAUGUUUGCGAGAAACCAAUCUGACAACGUUAUUGAACUAACUAAUUUUCAACACAAAAAAUGGACUCACCCAAAUUUUCGACUGAACAGC